GGGAGACUGGGCUUGAACCCAGGAAUCCGCAGUUUGCAGCAGGAGACUGCCCGAGGCCCACAAGGGCCUCCCCCUGGGGAUAGUCGGGAAACCCUUCCCGAGGUGCGAGACGCGAGCUCGGACUUCCGAGAUCUCUUAUAAAGAAGAUGACUCAGGACCGGCCUUUGCUUGCGGUGCAGGAGGCCCUGAAGAAGUGCUUCCCGGUGGUGGAGGAGCAGCAGGGCCUGUGGCAGGGCGCUCUGACGGACUGCCAGCCCCUCCUGGCCUCCCUCAGCAAUCUGGCAGAGCAGCUGCAGGCGGCGCAGGGUGUGCGGUUUGAGGAGGUGCCGUCGCUUCGGGCCUUCCCAGAUUUAAAAGAGCGGCUGAGGCGCAAGCAGCUGGAGGCUGGUGACACCAUCCUGGACAAGCUAGUGGAGAGGCUAGCUGCCCUCCUCAAGGUGCGAGACACCGUCAGCAACCACGUGGAACAAGUGCUUCAGAUCUACGAAAAGCACGCAGACGCCAUCGGCAUCGACGCUGUCCUGCAGGCUUCCGUUGUGAGCCCCUCUGUGGCUGAGAUGCUGGAGUGGUUGCAGGAUAUCGAGAGACAUUAUCGAAGUUCGAAGGUACCUGAGGAGGAAAUACCUCCUGUCCUCAAUCCACUGGGGAGACUUGGCAAACAUCCGAGCUUUGCCCAAGGCCUGGGACCGAAUUUCGGAAGACGAACACCAAGACCUGGUGCAAGAUGUCCUGCUGAGCGUGUCCUUCUUCCUGGGAGAGUAAGGAAGCUGUGCGUUCUUCGGGAGACUGGGAGUGCGCAGCUGAAGACCAACAGAGUUGAACUCCGGUAUUUCUGAAGACAUGCGAAUGUCGCCACUGGACAUACCCGAAAAAUGGUCCAGGGCCCGAGGACCGGCUCCUGGGAGAAUUGUGCCAGGUGUUUCUGACGUUGGGGCUUCUCCCUGCUGGGUCACGGCUGAGGGGACUUGGGCCAUCCCUCGCUCUUCCUGGGGCCCAGGGGAGUGUGGGCGGAGACCAAGCAUGCAGGGAAGGCGGUGCCAAACACCAGGGCCAGGCUGGGAGCAACAGCCACAACGUGGUGGGUAGGGAAGGAAAGGGCAGGUCAGAGAGUGGCACCACCCUCGGCGUCACCCAAAGCUCUGAGCCUGGUUGACACCAAGUCCUGGUUUUGUGUGUGCAUGUCAAUAACCUAUUCCUUGAAGAACGAGAAAGUGACCAAUGUUUUAAAGGAACAAGGGUGAUGUUGACAGAAAACAGUAAUUGUUUUCCAGUUGCAGUAGCUCCCUAUUGUCAAGCCCACUUCAGUUCCCAGAGCCCACCGCCAGGGGGAGGCGGUGCGGCAUGGCCGGUUCUGAAGGCUUUGCUUGGAAGGUGUUCCCUGUUGCUCCCGCUGUCUGAGAGUAAGUGACUGGGGACAGUGGGACCCCUGAAAUGGCAGGGGUUUUAUGACCAGUGCUGGCAACUGACUUGCCACAUUCCUCUGAUCCUGGGAGUAGCUGCAGGGGUGGAGCGGCCCAGCCCAGAGCCAGGUGGUGGGGCUGUGUGAUGUGCUCUAGGGACCGAGAGGAAGGAGAGCCCUGGAGAGGGUUAUACUGCAACUGGGGGAACUAUUCAAACCAGUAUUUCUCAAGCUUUAAUGCACAGUAUAAACCCCCGGUGUCUUGUUAAAAUUUAGAUUCUGAUUCUGUAGUUCUGGGGUGGGGCUCCAGAUUCUGUAUUUCUGACGAGGCUCCAGGUGAAGGUGACGCCCACGAUCCAGGGGCCAGACUGAUGGAAGAGGUUCAGGCUGCGUCACAGUGACGAGAGUGUUGUGUCCGAGGUAAACACAGGUGCCGUGGGCGAAGAGAGAUGAGGACCAGGCGCUGGUGACAGUGCUUCACGGUGACAUGUCCGGUCGGCCCGAGGCUGAGUUUCCUUGGUGCUGGGAGACCGGUGCAGGGCAUUCCACGCGAGGGGGCUGUCUCGGCAGAGUUUGCUGCGCUCCAGGCGUGGUGCUUGUUGCUUUACACAAAAUUCAAGGGGUGUAAGAGCGUAUUCAUCGAAAAGUCUCCCUCCCCCCAGUUACUCAGUUCCCUUUCCCAGAGGUAACCAGUUCUUGAUGUUUCUGACGUUUCCUUCCCAAAACGUUCUUUGCCUGUGUCAGUGCAGUGCCAGGUAACCUGCAAGGUCGCCUGCGUGGUCCCCAGCCAUCUCACACCGGGGCACAUCUCUUCCCCUUCAGCGCGGGCGGCACUUGCAGACGUGCUCAGGGAGUAGAACCCUGCGCAAGUGGCGGGCGGCCACUUCCGGAACUAGCCUGGGGAAAGAACUGCAGCUUCUGUCUUGGGCGUGGUCGCUCACUCGCUCACUCACCCUGGGGGCAGCCAGCUGUGAGGUGGGGGGCAGCCCUGUGGAGAGCUCCUGAGGGACCCGUGCCUACCGGCAACCACCUGAGUGCGCCUGGAUGCAGAUCGCCUCUCCCCCAGCUGAGACUUCAGGUGAGACCACAGCCCCAGCUGAUAGCUGGACUACAGCCUUGUGAGGACCUACGCCAGAGGCAGCCAGCUAAGCUGUGCCCGGAUCCCUGACACAGAUGAUAAAUGUUUUUAAGUCAUUCAGUUUGGGGGUAAUUUGAUCCACGGCAAUUGAUAACUAAUGCAACAAGCAAAUAUGUUUUUGUGUAUUCCCCAUAAUUUUAUGUAACUAGUAGGAUACUAUAUCCCCAGUUUUUACCCUGUUUUUUCCUAUUUACCACGUCUUGGAGAUCGUUCUGUGUAAAUACAUAAAGAGCUGCCUCAACUUUUCCUAAA